AUGGACGCUGCCUUAUGCGUCGAACCGAAACAUCUUAGAGGCCGUUCUAUUAUUAGCCUUAAAAAGGAUGAACUCUCAUGCAAAAGUAUGGUUGAAAAUGUAUGCGCUGAAAAUGGGAUUUAUUGUCCAGUCGGGUGUAUUUGCCAAAAUACCAUCGUCCGUUGUUCUAAUCACAAUCUUAAAGAAUUUCCCAUUGGAAUACCUUACGAUACAACUGAACUGUUUCUGGAUUCAAAUCGGAUAACUUCAAUUCCUUCUUAUGAACUUAAUAAACUUUAUAAAUUGAGAAAACUGGAUUUAAGUCAUAAUCAAAUCGACGUUAUCGAAAGUUUGACAUUCAAAAAUUUGACAAAACUUUCAACAUUAAUUCUCAGCUAUAAUAAAAUUCAAUGUAUCGAAUCACAUGCGUUUUCUUCUUUAAUAAAUCUUCGAAUUCUUUCAUUGCAUGCGAAUGAUAUUUCUAUUUUGCCGAGUUCUGCUUUCCAAGAUUUGCUCAAUAUUACUCAUAUAGCAUUGGGGAACAAUGCAAUAUAUUGUGAUUGUCAUGCAGCAUGGUUCAGUAAAUGGAUUAAAAACCGUUUCAUCGAGGCAGGUAUAGCUCGUUGUGAAAUGCCACUUUCGGUUCGCAAUCAACUACUUUUAACCGCUAAUGAGAAUCAAUUCAAAUGCGAUGGUGAUCCACCGAAAAAUAUUUUAGCAAAAUGUAAUGUUUGUAUUGAAAAUCCAUGUAGUAACGGAGGCAAAUGUGAAUUAUUGCGAGGUCGUUCAUUUUCCUGCAAAUGUUCGAUUGGAUAUUAUGGAAAAUUAUGUGAAAAACGAAUUGAUGCAUGUUAUGGGCAUCCGUGUUUGAACGGUGCUACAUGUAAAGUGGUACAAGAUGGACGCUUUACGUGCCACUGCGUGAAAGGAUUUGACGGUGAUCGUUGUGAGAAUAAUAUUGACGAUUGUAUUGAUAACAAAUGUCAAAAUGGUGCUAAAUGUAUUGACAUGACGAAUUCAUAUCGAUGUGAUUGUCCAACAAAAUUUACUGGUAAAUAUUGUGAAGAAAAUUUCGAAUUUUGUUCCAAAAAUUAUAAUCCUUGCAUGAAUGGCGGAUAUUGUAUGGAGAAUGCAUUUAAUUAUACUUGUAAAUGUGCAUCAGGUUUCACUGGUACGAAUUGUACUAUUAACAUUGAUGAUUGCCUGAACAAUUUGUGCAAAAAUAACGCCAUUUGCAUUGAUGGCAUUGGAUCAUAUAAAUGCGAAUGCCUUGAUGGUUAUUCUGGAAAAUUUUGCGAAUUGGCUCCUAUAUCAAAUAAUUUAUAUCCAAAUACAUCGCCAUGCACAUCGUAUAGCUGUGAACAUGGAAUCUGCUUGAAUUAUAAUAAUGAUUUUGAAUGUAAAUGUUUCGAAGGUUUUAUGGGUAAGCGUUGUGAUGAAUUACGUUCAGUUGGUUUCAAUGGUUCCGAAUCAUAUAUCGCAUUGGAACCUUGGGUACCACUCGCCCAAAGCAAUUUGACAUUUACAUUAAUUACGUUUGCAAGUAGUGGUAUCAUAAUGUAUUACGGAGACGACCAUCACAUUUCUGCCGAACUAUAUAAUGGAAGAGUUAAAAUAUCAUUUUACAUCGGCAAUUAUCCGCCAUCACAUAUGUAUAGUUAUGUGACAGUUAAUGAUGGAAUUCGACAUCGUAUAGAAAUUUUGAUUGACGGAAAAGCGAAUAAAUUGAUUAUUGAUGAUAUCGAACCACAAACUAUAGUAAACAGUGGAAUUAUCAAUGAUUUUGAAUUAAAGUCAAAAAAUAAUCUUUAUUUGGGAGGAUUACCUAAAAAUAUUUCAGUGAAAGCUAUUGAUAGUUUUCAUAUUGUGAGCAAUAUCAGUCUUCAAGGAUGUAUAACCGAUGUUUAUUUAAAUGAUCGAGCAGUUGAUUUACAUAAAACCGAUAAAAAAAAUAUUAAUAUUGGCUGUCAUUCAACAGUUGAUUUAUGUCGAGGCAUAAAGUGUAAUUUCGGCACUUGUGUAAGGAACACAACAUUAACUGACGGUUAUAAAUGCCAAUGCAGUAAUGGAUAUGAAGGAAUGUUUUGCGAAAAAAGAGAGGAGUUUUGUGUGAAAGAAAAGUAUCGUAGUUAUUACGAAGAAAAUGAUUGCCGUUCAGUUGAACCAAUAAAAAAUGCUAUUUGCCAUGGAUGGUGUGGUACCAGCAAACCAAAGCAAUGUUGUUCACCUGUUAGAGCUAAAAGUAAAAAAAUUAAAAUGCAUUGUAAAAAUGGUAAUAUUGUUGUAAAAAAUAUUAUUAUUAUUAGAAAAUGUCAAUGUACAUCGCAAAAAAGUUGUACUUUUAAUUAA